CCGACUUUUCCUCAGUGCUUUUUAAUUUACAAAAAUCCAAAAUUUCCGUCUUUUCGCUUUUCUAUGAUAAAUGAUAAAAUACUAUUUUUUCCUGGAAAUUUGAUAAGAGAGAGAAAUUUGUUUUUAUUUAUUUGUUUAUUUAUGUUGUUGAAUAGAUUUGAUAAAAGUUGGGUUUUUUUUUUUUCUCGUGAACCAAACAGGUUUUUCAGUGUGCAGCAAAAUGGAAACGAAGUACAUUGAGAGAUCGAAUAAUGUGGCGAGUGAGAAAAGAUGUUUGGAUUCGAGUUCUGGAGAUGAAGGACCUGAUAGGAAACGACCUGCUCUCGCUAGUGUGAUUGUUGAAGCUUUGAAGGUGGAUAGUUUACAGAAACUAUGUUCAUCAUUGGAACCUAUUCUCAGAAGAGUUGUUAGUGAAGAAGUGGAACGUGCGUUAGCCAAAUUAGGCCCUGCCAAACUUACUACUAAGUCUUCCCCUAAACAGAUUGAAGGGCCUAAUGGAAGAAAUUUACGGCUGCACUUUCGAUCUGGGUUGUCCCUUCCUCUUUUUACCGGAGGGAAAGUUGAAGGACAACAGGGUGCUGCUAUAGAUAUUGUUUUGAUCGAUGCAAACACCGGACACGUCGUUACAUCAGGUCCAGAGUCUUCUUUGAAACUAGAUGUUGUGGUGCUCGAGGGUGAUUUCAACAACGAGGAUGAUGAUAAUUGGACUGAAGAAGAGUUUGAUAGCCAUGUUGUUAAGGAACGUGACGGGAAGAGACCGUUACUAACCGGAGAUCUACAGGUGGUGUUGAACGAAGGUGUAGGAACACUAGGGGAGCUAUCGUUUACCGAUAACUCGAGCUGGAUUAGGAGCAGGAAAUUCAGGUUAGGUCUAAAGGUUGCUUCUGAUUGCUGUGAAGGCUUCCGUAUUCGUGAAGCAAAAACCGACGCUUUCACCGUUAAGGAUCAUCGAGGAGAAUUAUAUAAAAAACACUAUCCACCCGCAUUAAACGAUGAGGUUUGGAGAUUAGAGAAGAUUGGUAAAGACGGGUCAUUUCACAAGAGGCUUAAUAAAGCUGGAAUUUUCACAGUUGAAGACUUCUUACGACUUGUGGUUAGGGACUCCCAGAGGCUGAGAAACAUACUUGGAAGUGGAAUGUCUAACAAGAUGUGGGAUGUUCUAGUGGAACAUGCGAAAACUUGUGUUCUAAGCGAGAAACUUUAUGUCUAUUACCCCGAUGACGUGAGGAGUGUCGGCAUAGUCUUCAACAACAUCCACGAGUUGAAUGGCUUAAUCGCUAAUGGACAGUAUUAUGCAUCUGAUUCACUUUCCGAUGAUCAGAAGGUUUAUGUGGAUAUCUUGGUGAAGAAGGCAUACGAAAAUUGGAUUCAUGUUAUAGAGUAUGAUGGUAAGUCUUUAUUAGGAUGUAACGAAGAUGAUAGUUUGGAUACUUGCCGAGCCAAACUUCCGAUGGAUCUGCAUACAAGUUCGACUAGUCAACAACAGAUUCUACCGACUCUGUCAGUUCCAGUUCCUACAGGGCAGCCUUCAAUGGAUUCUUAUCUAGUUGUCAGAGGUUAUGACGAUAGUAUGGCAGGUAGAUUAGCGAAUGAAUCGCAAAAUGUACACCUUAAUGCCACGAUUCUGUUAAAUGGUGCUUCAUUCCCUCUACAAAACCCCUUGGUCAACGAUAAUGAACUAGUCCACGGUCCAUCUCAGUCAACUGUGCGAGGUUUCAAUAAUGUUGGCACUUCAAAUAUUCCUGAAGGAGUUGAGGAUUUCUUCUCGGAGGACGAGGAGAUGAGAAUGAGAAGUAACAACGAGAUGCUAGCAAACGAAGAUAUGCAGCAUUUGAUUCGUAUAUUUAACAAGGGAAAUCAAGAUCACAUUCCGUUUAAUGCUUCCGACGAUAGCCAUCCUUAUUCCUCAACAUAUAUGACCCCUACCUUGGCUUUGAAUUACGGUUUUGAUAAUGAAACUUCUCCUUCAUCUGGAAAAGCUGUAGUCGGGUGGCUCAAGUUAAAGGCAGCUCUUCGAUGGGGUAUCUUUACUCGGAAAAAGGCUGCCGAAAGGCAUGCACAUCUUAUUGAGCUCGAUGAUUUAUAAAUGUAACCUAUCCCGAUACAAUGUUAAUAAUCUCCUUUCCAUCUCCCUGCUCGUGUCUAACAUAAAUCCGAUCCAACCCAACCGAAGACUCAAUAACCGGAGUUUUGCUCUUUGAGAUCUUGUAUUGCUUCAAUUCUAACUUUGUCAUCCAGCUUCCAUAAUAAUUGGCAGGGUUUUGGUUUGGGGCCGUCUUAACACCGGAAGCUCGAAAUGUUAUUGAGGGGAACGUGUUCCGGCACUAGUUGAAGUUGCCGGUGUAACAUAUGUAACUACUUAAGAUGACUAGCAUCUGUGCUCUGUAAUUUAUGCCAUGUCUACAUGUUUAUAAAUCUAAUGUUAGUGGUAGUGAUGACAUUGUAUCAGCUUAAUGAAUGUAACUAUGUUUUUAUUUAA